AUGUUGAAGGAUUAUUCCAAUAAAGAAUAUUUUGCGAAGAAGGUUGUAUAUGCUUCAUGCUACAUACAUAUGGGAAAUAGGAAAGUCACGCAGCCUACUGAUGAUUGGUGUUAUUACUUUUACUAUCAGUUAGGGCAUAAAUUAUUCAAUGAAGCAAAGGGCGAUAAUGCACUUUAUACGAUAAUGAGUGAAGUGUGCCAGCAGUUGUGGAAAUCUGCUGCAGGUGAGAGUAACGAGUGUAAUAUUAUGUGUGAGAACAUAAAUAAAUUAGAAUUCCUACGAAUGAAGGAAGUGUUUGACUAUUCCAUAGAACAUGCAUUCAUAUCACUAAAGUUAGGAGAAAGUGGGAACAGCAAAUCUUGCACCGAGGCACUCUCCAAAUGCUUGAAAAAAACUCUUUCAGCUUACAAAGCUAUAGGAGCUAAAUGCACAGCAGGGAAGAACGGCUGCAACUGCAGUGGACUGGGGACGGUUUAUAGCCUUCAGUUCUGCCAGGUUCUCUGCAUGUUCCUGCACAGGAAUUUCCACACACUGGAGGACUGCAGCAUGGGGACAUUGAAUUAA